AUGGCAACCUCAGUUGAGGCUAUUCAAGACAAGAGCCCAGCGCUCGACCCCGAGGCCAACGCCGUGUCUCUAUCCGGUAGCACCUCGGAUCGAUCACCCCCGACCACCGAAGAGCAGCAGAAAUUAAGGAAAAUAGCAGGACGUAUCCCAUGGGUUUCAUAUCUUCUCUGCAUUGUUGAGCUUGCAGAACGAGCCUCAUUCUAUGGUUGCAAGACAGUCUUCAACAACUUCCUCCAGUUUCCGCUCCCAAAGGGAGGCAAUGGAGCCGGAGCUGUAGCUAAGAACGACCCCAACGGCCAUGCUGGUGCUUUAAACCGAGGCUUACAGUUUGCCUCGGCCAUGGUUCUCCUGUUCAACUUCCUUGCCUAUGUCAUCCCAAUCUUUGGUGCGUGGCUCGGCGACACCAAGACCGGCCGUUUCAGAGCGAUCAUGUAUGGAGUCAUCAUCGGCGGCGUGGCACACGUUAUCAUGGUUGGAGGUGCAGCUCCUGCUGUUCUAAAGGCCGGCAAUGGGCUUGCGCCGUUCAUGGUCAGCUUCUUUCUUCUCGCCAUCGGAGCCGGUCUGUUCAAGCCUAAUGUUGUUCCUCUCAUCAUCGACCAAUACACCGACCAGACAGAAUAUGUCAAGACACUCAAGUCUGGUGAGCGUGUCAUCGUUGAUCCUGAGACCACUAUUCAGAGGAUCAUGUUGAUCUUUUACAUGUGCAUCAACGUUGGUGCGUUUUUUAUGAUCGCCACAACUUACAUCGAGAAGUAUGUUGGCUUUUGGCUCGCCUUUCUCCUUCCAGGCAUCAUCUACAUCCUCUUGCCAGUGCUGCUCAUGUGGCGGUACAAAACCCUCAAGCGCGCACCGCCUCAAGGAUCUGAUCUCAAUACCUUCUUCAAGAUCGUUGGGCUGGCUAUCAAGGAGAACAGAGGCCAAAUUUGGGCCAAGAACUUCUUUGAAUCAGUCAAGCCAUCUGUUCUUGCUGCGAAGGGCAAGACGGCUUCUUGGGAUAGUCAGGCAGUCGAACAUGCUCGCAGGACCCUCUCCGCGUGCCAGAUCUUUCUCUACCAGCCAUUAUUCUACCUCAAUAACGGCGGUGUCGGUACUGUUUUAUCUAAUCAAGGAGCAUCGAUGACUACCAAAGGUGCACCCAACGAUCUGAUUCACAACUUCAAUCCACUCACACUCAUGGUCUUCGCACCCAUCAUGUCGUUUGUUCUUUACCCUCUCUUGAACAGACACCACAUCAAGUUUGGCCCCAUUAGUCGUAUGACUGUCGGCUACACUUCCGCCAUCAUCGGAAGCAUUGUCGGUGCAGUUAUCCAGUGGAGGGUUUAUAAAACCUCACCUUGUGGAUAUCAGGCUUCGACCUGCGAUAGUGUGUCCCCCGUUUCUAUCUGGUGGCAGCUGCCUACUGUUAUGCUGGGGGCUAUCGGUGAGCUCUUUACCGCAGUCACGGCAUACGAGAUGGCAUAUGCAAGGGCGCCUGAGGGUAUGAAAUCUACUGUUGUCGCCAUCAAUUUGGCAAUGCAGGCUCUGUCUUCGGCAUUGGCUCAGAUCUUGAUUCCUUCUAUCAACGAUCCCAAUCUGAUCUGGGCCUGGGCUGCUCCUGGAAUCGCUCUCUUCGUCCAGACCAUCAUCUUCUGGGUUCGACAUCACCAUGUCAACGAUGAGAAGUUCUUGAUUCGUGAAACUUUUGAAGAAGGUGAUUCCUCAUUUACGGAAAAGAAAUAG